UCCUCGUAGCGUGUGUGGCCGCAGUGGCUUUGGCCGAUAAGGCUCCUGUGUACCAUCAGCCACCUGUUUACGCAGCACCCACGUACCAUGCUCCAGAACCUGCGUACCGCCCCUCACCUUACAAACAGCCUGAGUAUCCUACUGUCCCACCGAAGUACAACUACAACUACGGUGUCGCCGACGGAUACUCCGGCGCCAACUUCGCCGCCUCGGAGUCCCGCGAAGGCUACAAGACCGAGGGCGGCUACACAGUCGACCUCCCCGACGGCCGCAAGCAGAUCGUCAAGUACGUGGACAACGGCGACGGUUAUGUAGCUGAGGUCACCUACGAGGGCGAGGCUCAGUACCCCGAGUACAAGCCUACUUACAAGCCUACCUACAAGCCCACCUACAAGCCCGCUCCCUACCAUGCUGCCCCUAAGUACUAAGCACUAAGGGUGUACUUUCUCGUAUAAGACAACUUUCUCUCCAUCUCAUUCCAUCCAUUAAACGUGCCAAAGCAUAACGAAAGAGUUGUGGUUGACAUUA